AUGCGCAGCUUCUCGGAGCCGUGCGUCCCAGGUGAGGAACCACAAAUCUUUCCAACCAGACUCGGAGAUUCAGUCCGCCACGGAACCAUUUUGUCCGGACCCUCGCUCUUCUCAGCCUUGGCCCUAGCCUCCCGGAGCUCAACAGACCCAGGUUUGGAUACCGGCGCGGCCCCGAUGACACUCCAGUCGCCACCGGAGCAGAUUGUGUGCAGGCCUCCCGAAAUUCUGGAGGAAGGAGGACUGACAGAGGAUGAAGCGAAAGUUUACUUGGAAGCCAAAAACCUUUGGAAACAGUUCCACAAAUUCGGAACUGAAAUGGUCAUUACAAAAUCUGGAAGACGCAUGUUCCCGCCGCUCAAGGCCAGAUGCACCGGGAUGGACAGAACAGCCCGAUAUAUUGUUCUGAUGGACAUCGUGGCGGCGGAUGAGUGCCGAUAUAAGUUCCACAACUCCCGCUGGAUGGUGGCGGGGAAAGCAGACCCGGAGAUGCCCAAACGCAUGUACAUCCACCCGGACAGUCCGGCGACGGGCGAGCAGUGGAUGUCCAAAGUGGUCAACUUCCACAAACUGAAACUGACCAACAACAUCUCCGACAAGCAUGGAUUUACAAUUCUAAACUCCAUGCACAAAUACCAGCCAAGAUUUCACAUAGUGAAGGCGACUGACAUCCAGAAGCUUCCCUACAGCACUUUCAAGACAUAUGUGUUCUGUGAGACGGAGUUCAUCGCAGUCACAGCCUACCAAAACGACAAGAUAACGCAGCUGAAGAUAGACAACAAUCCUUUCGCUAAGGGAUUCCGGGACACGGGCAACGGAAGAAGAGAAAAGAGGAAACUACAACAUUCAUCACAAAAGUCUAAAGACAUGCGGAUGGCUGACGUGGAAUCAGAAUCUGUAAAAGGAUCAGACAAUUCCAAAUCUUCAGAUGCUCAUGAAAGUGAGAGUGACAAAGAGGAUGAUGUAAAAGAUAAUCCUGGAGAACAGCAGGACACAGAAAUCGAGCCAAACAUUUCCACAGCAGGUCGGACAGUUCAGAGAGAAACGGAACCCAGACAGAGCCGCAUCCUCAGCAUAUUAACUGACGGAGCGGGUCGCUGCGAGCCAAAGGACUCGGAGAAAGAACAAUUAUGCAGUGGUUUAGCACACUGCUGUGUAUACCCACCGGAUUAUAAUGCACCACUGCAGGAUUCGAGUAGUCUUUCCCUCUCUACUCAGAUAAACACCUGGACCAGCUGUGCCCCGCUGGACCGAGCAGUGCCAGGUGGAAUGGGCUUGCAUGCAGCCCCUGUCAGAGGGUUUCCUAUGGGCCUCCAACAGCAUGGACUGGACCUGGUUGGCCUCUCACACUUUGGAGGCUUCCUGCUUUAUCCCUACUCCAGCUUCCCUGCAGCAUCCGCCCAUUAUCUCAUCCCAUCAGUGCGGUCCAGGGCAGUGUGCUUAGGGUGA